UUCUUGAAAAAAUAUUUGUCAGUUUGGCACAUUUGGCCGUGUCAUCCUCCAAUGCCUUUCUUUUUUUUUUAACCUGGCUUUUUUUUUUUACUAUCCAUUUUAUUCUUCCCGCGAUUAGCGCACUCUCGCUAACUCACACCACACAGCAUUAAUGAUUUCGGUUUGUCUCCAUGGCAACGACCUGGGACACGCGCUUGUGUAGAGGGAGAUAGAGGGCGAAUUCCCUAUGCCCUACUCCCUUCGAAGGGCAGAGCCCUUGAAGUGUGUUCUUUGAAGGGUGUAGGGCAGAGGUCCCCAACCACCGGGUCGCGACCCACUACCGGGCCGUGGAAGAAUUCCUACCGGGUCGCGAGAAAGUUCUGGGGAAAAUGUGUAUAGAUAUGACGCUCUGUUAUUUAUUGUGCGUAAAUGAUUUUUCUAAUUACUCUUUAUUUUCGUUGUAUGCGAUUGAUAUAGAGUAGCAAUUUGACGAUGGUUAAAUUAGUAAAUAAAAGAUUGCUCUGAUCUGUCAUAGGGCUUAAACGGAUCGCAGUUGAUCCGUGAUAUACGGACCAGGGUAGGGUUGCACCAGUCAUUCGUAAGUUCUUACAUAAAUUAGAACAUUACGUCCACACUAGAGGCUUAGUAACUACUUGCUAGUUUGUAACUAAAUUUGUACUUACGUCGGUUGCACCAGUUGUUUGUAAGGCAGGACGUAGCUAGUAGUCCGUAAGCUCUCCGUAAAGUAAUGUGUAGUCGCAUAGAAUGACGUAUAUGUUUCUUACCCAAUCAAACGCCUUCAAAUUGUUAGACUGAACUCCGAGUAAAUUGAACCUGAAAAAAGACGUUAACGUCUAACGUUUAAGUCAUCAAAAUCAAGCAAACUUUUAAUCGAAGGUAUGGAAGAGAAAAGAAACAGGAAGAAAAAUUUCAGUCAUGAAGAAAUUCUCAUUUUAAUUGAUGGAUACAAAGAAAACAAAACAGUCAUUGAAAGCAAAUUAAACUCGUCUGUUACAAACCGGAAAAAAUGUGAGAUUUGGCAGGACAUAACAAACAAAAUAAACGCAAAAGGCUUUGAGCAGAGGGAGGUAAAGGAAUUGAGGAAGAAGUGGAGCGACCUUAAGACACAAGCAAUUGAGGACUUUCCUCGCACUAAACAUGUCCCCACUGGAGGUGGUCCGAGACCAGAGCCUGGCCCGUAUUCAACCGUUAUCCUAGAAAUAAUCGGCGACAACUCACCCACCGUCUGUGGAAUCACUGGAGUUGAAAGUGGAAUUGAAGCCGCAGACAUGGCUCAAACAGGCGUUAUUGCAUCAAGUCAGCCAACACCAGGAACUUGCGCUGAAAACAUCGUACUGCCAGCGUCAACAGGAGAUCCUCCUGUCCUUCAUGCAGACCAUCCAGGGAGCACACAAGACAAAGAACUGCCACCUUCAGUCGAAAAUGCAAGGAAAAGGAAGCGUGCAAAUGAGCUGGAUGAUGACAUAAACUAUAACCGCUGCAAGCUUCUCAAGCUUGAAUGCGCAAAAGUAGAAGAGGAGAUCCUGAAAAUAAAAAGUGAACGCAAAAAAAUAGACCUAGAAAAUGUGAAAAUAAACCUGGAGAUCAUUAAAUUACAAGAGGAAUUAAAGCCUCAUGGCUACACCUUCAACGUUGUUGAAAUGUAGUGUCAUAUUGACAGAUUCAAUUCUUUGUUAAAGGCCAGUAUUAAAGUAUUGUUAAAG